AUGACCGCUAUCACUCGAAAUCCACUUGCUGUGCCUACAGCAUCUGAAAUCCCGACGUAUGAUCAGGUACCAGAGACCUCCUUUGAACUUGAUUGGGCAGACCUUGCGACCUUAGAUCUGUCCCAGUUUGACCAGCCAAAUGGCAAAGAAAAGCUAGCCAAGCAACUGUUCGAGGCUAUUCAGAACAUAGGAUUCUUCUACAUAAUCGGUUUUGGUCUCUCACAGGAAGAUGUUGACCGUCAAUUCUCAAUUGGCAACCAGAUUUUCAAGCUGCCAUUAGAGGAGAAGCUCAAGUAUCGUGCCGAACUAGAGAAAGGCGGCUACAAUGGUUAUAAGCCUGCGGGUCUGCGGGAAAUUAGUCCAGGCGUCUUUGACAAAACGGAAAUCUACAACAUCCCGAAGUUUAUCCCCGCUUUCGAACGCCCUCAGCCCGAAAUAGUGAACGAAAAUCGUCCUAUUAUCGAGAGCUUUGCACGGCACAUUCAUGAUGAAAUUGUGCGGAAGCUCCUCACGCUCUUAGCUAUAAUUCUUGAGCUCCCCGAAGACUAUUUCCUCAAGGUGCAUCGCUAUGACGAGAAGAGUGACUGCCACCUACGCUAUAUGAAGUAUCAUCGCCGCUCUAACGAAGAAAAUGAAAAGGCUUCGGGUAUUUGGUCCAAAGGACAUACCGACUUUGGCAGCUUGACAUUACUGUUCCGUCAGCCAGUUGCCGCGUUGCAGGUUCGCACUCCAGAAGGCGACUGGAAGUGGGUAAAGCCAUAUCCAGGUAGUAUUACAGUGAAUCUUGCCGACUCACUUCAAUUCCUCACAAAUGGAUUCUUGAAGAGCAGUAUACAUCGUGUUGUCGCACCUCCACCAGAUCAACGGGACAUUGAUCGACUAGGUGUUUUGUACUUUGUCCGGCCGGAGGAUGAUCUUGAGCUCCGGCCGGUAGCAAGCGAGGUGUUGCGCCGCCUGGGAUACGAUCAAAUUACUGAUAAUAGUGCAAUUGGAAUUACUGCAGGAGAGUGGGUGAAGGCUAGAGUCGCCAAGGGGGUGGACAAAGGUUCGGCUCGAAGCGAAAUUGGAGACCAGCCUAUUAUCGGUGGUGUGGUAGCUAAAUAUUAUGACUAG